AUGGAUUUAAGUUUGAGAGGUUCACAGAUAAAUUUGGUUAAUCGUCAAAAACCCAAACCAAAAUUUAGUUCACAAAAUAAUCUCCUGAGAAGUGGGACAUUACAGAGACCCAGCUCUCAGUUGAGGCCACGUUCGGCAAGUUUCUUUGAUCGACGUUGCCAAAAUUCACCAUUUCCCUUUCGCCCGCAAUCGGCAGAUCCGAAAUUUGGUAGAAAUUUCCAUAGCCCCUGUGGUUCGUUUGGCACAAAUACCGAUUCGGAAUAUUCCAAUUUGAAUUUAAGUAAAAGGCAACAGCAGCGGUUCCAAUCCGUGUCCUCUUCGAAUUUAUUAAAAUUAUUGUUGGAUGAGCCCAUUCGAAGGCCAUGGCUUUGUAAGGAUAACUCCUCGACUACUCACAGUGAUGGUGAUGCUUCCUCUAGUCGGGAUAAUCAAUCGGAAUUAAGUUCAUAUCGUCGAAGUGGUAGCUGUUCCAGUCUUCAUCGCCCCCUGAAUAACGAAAAAUUUAUGACCACCCUUAGAAACCCCACACGGAAAAUAUCCACCACACAAUCUAUGCAGCAUACCAGCAAGGUUACUUCCACAAAUAAUUCGUAUUAUCAAACAUCGGGGUCUUUGAAACCUGAUCUGCCAGGGAGGGUAUCAUUUUCGAAACCCUCAUCCUCGAAUAUUCCAAGUGACAACGAUUCCAGUGAUUAUGAAAAUCCCUAUUUUCAUAAACCACACAUAGCAGCUUCAGAGGAACAAAGUAUUUCAGCUCCAGGUCCCGUCAAGCCUGAGGAUUAUAAUUUUGAAACUAAACCCAAAUUGGGUCUUACCAAAGAACUUUCCAACUUGAGUCUCAAAAAGUCGGUACAUUUUGGUUCCCCAGCCAAUGGUGAGGAGGUUGUAGCGGAAACCUUUGAAUAUCCCAAGUGUCCUUCGGAAAAUUGUUCCUGUAGCACAAGAUCUUCUUCGUCGAGUAGCCUGCAGGAUCCUCUCAGUCCAAAGUGUUAUUGUAAUCAGCCCAGCUGUAAAUUUUAUGCGGAAACUUCUUUGAAUAAAAAUAAAAAUUCGGAAAUGGAAAAAUCGCCCUCCCUCUCACCUUCCCAUAAAAUAUCCAGGGACCUCAAGGAGCCUGAAGAGUCGCAGGUCAUAAGAGACUAUAAAAAUGCUGUGGGGGAACAAUUGGAAAACUCGGUGGUAAAAAAUAUUUUAGAUGAAGGCUCAAGCAGUACCAAAACCUCCAAUGGUCUAAACAAUUUUGAACUGCCCUCCUAUCUUUCCAAAUAUUCGCUAAACUCCCAAACCAGCGGCGAACGUCUUGACAAACCCAACAAUAUUGCGGAGAAAAACAAUAGCCUCAAUGCCUUUAAAAGUGAAAUGGCCAAAAAGGACAUUUUGAAAAUGGAUAACAAAUUGGAAACUUUGAGCUCGGGAGGUAAGAAAUCUACCACAGAAUCCGUAAUAAAUAACUAUCUAAAGGUGUCCGGAUCCACCGCCAACAUCAUUAAGAAAAAGGAGAAUAAUAACAACAAAAAUUCCGAAAAUGACAACAAAAAGCCCAGCUCUGCCUCAGCCACCACUCCCAUUUUGGCUACCCAAACGAAGAAUAAUAAAACCAAGCCCCCCUCAGCUUCCACCAUAGCUCCGCUAACCCAAAAUAACAUUAAGAAGGCCAAGAGUUUUGGUAAUUUGCGUGAGGAUUCCAAUUUACAAGAAUUCAAUAUUGAUAAAAUCGAUUCGUGGAUGUCAAUGCAUGAGGAGGCCCAAAAUAGGAAAAAGGAUGGGGAUGAUCUGGCUAAGCAUGCCGCCUCCCUGGAUGAUUCAUUUGAAAAAUUUACACGCGAGACUUUAGAUGCCAUGGAUGCUGAUGGUGAGGAAGACGCAGAAGGCGAGGCAGAUGAUGAGGAUAAACAUUCGCUGAAAUCGUUGGAUCAGUCGCAGGAUGAUUCGACCUAUGAGGAAAUUGUAUCGGUGAUCAAGGAGAUUGAAGAGGAUAAAAAGAAGGAUAAUUUGGCCGAACGCAUGAAUUCCGAAAUGGAUCUAAAGCUGAGCACUACGCCAAGCGUGGGUACACCUCAUCCAACUACGGAAUCCGAAAAGCCACCAAAAUCUCCAGACAAGUUUCGAGAUAUUCUCAGCUAUUUGGACAAUGUGGAGGAUAGUUGUGAGAAAACAUUGCUGGAGACCAGGCGAUCUAUGCCGGAUAGCAAUAGGACAGAGGUGGAGUUUGUGGUCGAACCAGAUAUUGCAGAAGAUGUUCCGAAGCUCUCCGAUUUGCUAAUGCUACCCAAUCAUCAAUUGGCACGUCGGGUGAUUGCCCUAAGCCUUCGAGCCAAUGAGCUGGCCAAUGCGGUACAUCUCUCCAAGGAGCAUGUUAUGAAAAUACGUACCGAAAAACAGAAGACCAUACGAGCGGAAAAGGCCAAUUCCGCCAAUCGUAUGAGGGAGCAAAAGAAACACUACGAGACCAUUGUUAAGAGGCAUCAGGGUUUCAUCGAACAGCUGUUGAAAGAUAAAGGAUCGCUAUGCGAAAAAGUCGCAGCCCUCACUCGUCGCCUCGAAAGUCAAAAUCAAGCCUGGGAACAUAAAUUGGAAACCGAAGUCGCCCGAGUAAAGGAAACCACGUUGGCUGGAGAGAAAAUACGCCGCGAAAGAUGGGUUCGAGAAAAUACCAAGAAGAUUAAGGAAUUGACUGUGAAGGGUCUUGAGGCGGAAAUAAAUAAAAUGAACUGCAAUCAUCAGCAACAAAUCACCGAACUUAAGAGGGCCCAUCAACAACAGCUGCUGGAUGCUUUGGAGGAGGCUCGUCUAAAACAUGAGCAGAUUGAAAAUAGUAUUCGUGAGUCCUGUGCCCAGGAUAGAGAGUCGAUUAUUAGCAAGGAGAGAAAUGCCAUAAGGGAGAGAUUCGAACGCCAGCUGGAAGAGGAGCGCAAAUCCUUCGAUGAGCAAAAACAAAAACUAGCCGAAGAUUUUAAUAACGAAAAAGAACGUCUGCAAAAUGAAUUGAAAUCCAAGGAAUUAGAACUACAAACUAAACGUUCCGAAUGGCAACGUGAAAAGGAGCAGGAAUUAGAUCAAACCAUUACCGAAUUGCAAGAAAAAAUGUCGAAACAAGAAGAAAAAUUCUUGAAUCGUAUUAACACCAUCGAAAAACAAUAUGAAGCCGAUUUUGAGCUCUGGAAAAAGGAAUACGAAAGUCAGUGUAAGGCCCAACAGGCGGAAAAGGAGAAUUCAAUACGUCAACAUUAUCGUGCUGAAAGAGAUCGUCAAAUCGAUGCCAUUGUCCAGCGCAUGGACGCGGAGGCGUUGAAAAAUAAUGAAGAAUUUGAAAAUAAGAUGAGCCGUCUCCGUGAAAAAUAUGAAAAGGACUUGCAGGAGUUGGAGAACCUGGAAAAAUCGGUGAGAGAAAAAUACAAUGACACCAGAUCGAAAUUGGCGGAAUCCGAUGCCCAGGUUCGAAAUUUUCAGGCUGAGGUGAAACAGUUGCAAAUUGAAUUGGAACAUAGUAAGAAGAUGUCCUCCGAAUUGCUCAUGGAACGUGAUCGAUUGCGUGAGAAUCUUCGCAACGAAGUCCAGAGUGAGGUGCAGGCAUUGAAAAUGGAACGCGACGAGGAAAUUCAAAAGAUUCACAAGAGGGUCCAACAAGCCAUUGAAAAGAAGGAUGCCACCAUUGACAUUCUCCAAAAGGAGAAUGGUUCCUUGCGGGAACGCUGCCUUAAAUUGGAGGCUGUUAUACGCCAACAACGAAAGGAUUAUUGUGUUAAGUAAAAAAAAUAUGU